AUGGAUCCUUUUUCGUGGCUAACCUGUAUCUUUUGCAUGUUCUCCAGUUUCACGCCAGACCAUGUUUGCAUGCUACCUGCUUCAUUCACAGCACCUUUUCAAUAUAAAAAAUCCAUUAAUUUAAAUCUGGGAUCACUGUUUUAUCAACUUCUCGCCCAUUUUUCCCAUCCUGUUAUUCCUUUAGUACAAGGUCCUUCUUGCCGUGGACUGUAUGACUUUGAAGCGGAAAAUUCGUCUGAAUUGGCUUUCUCGGAAGGUGAUGUCAUACGUCUAAUCCAGCAGGUCGAUGAAAAUUGGUUUGAAGGUGAAUUGAACGGUCGCCGGGGUUAUUUCCCCAUCAAUUAUGUGGAGGUGAUUACUCCAUUUUGCGAUCUGACUCAAAUCGGGCUCAAGUCGCUUGUGAUUGAACCAUGUUCUCUCUCUCUUUAUUCUAUCCCCACAGCCAUAAUCUUAUUUGUCCUGACCAAAAUCACCCCGCCCGCCCCUCUAGCCCGCCAGCACUGGGAUAUAUGGAUUCUCAAACUCUAUCAGUUCACUUGUAAUCCCUGCCAUCUUUUUCCCGGGUCGUUUCUCUCUGUUAUCACCGAUCAUCGCCAUACUCCAUCAACCCGUGCAUACUACUACCCUCCCCCGCCAUCCCCGUCGUCGUCUAAUUCAAACAUGGACGCCGGACAUGAUCACCGCGUCCUGUACAAACAAACUAUGCAAUUCCACUUUUCUCCCGGGAUUUUAGGUCGUAUUCUCGAACAACAUUACCAAUUCAUCUUGUCUUUAUUACUACCGCUACUAUCAUUUUGUUUAUCAUCGAUAGUGCGCUUCUGCCCCCGCGCCCCNCAAUCGUUGUCGUUACCUCUUCGCAUUUGCUAUCUUUUCACCAGCCUUUCCUUAGCCCCCCCUCCAGCGUCCAUACUUCCAUCCCGGAUCUGUCAUCCACGAAACUUGUUUCGGGAGCUCUGUUGA